UGGGAGUGUUGUUCACAUGCUCUUCCUCUUCCGUGUUACCCGCUUCUUAAAAAUAAAAUAAAAAUCAUUCGCCUUCGCUAAGAAAAAAAAUGUUUAUAUACCUGCAGGAAGUAGGAAUUUUUCAGAAAACCUAGAAAAAGGAAACUGCAGAUGGUAUCUGGUGAAACUUGUUUUCCUCUUCAAUAGACCAGUAAAUUAUAAAUAUUAGGGUUUUAGGGUUUCUAUCAUCCCUUUCUGUUAAGGAACAAUGACCUCAUUUGGCUCUCUUAGAUCGGCGGUAUUCGAUAAAGAAGAACGAAAACAACAAUAUCAAUCUCAUAUUCGAGGACUUAAUGCAUUCGAUCGUCAUAAGAAGUUCUUGAAGGAUUAUGUUGAUUUCUACGGUACUGGAAGAAAAGUAGACAUUGUUUUGCCUUCUAAAACUGAUCAAGAUACUCUUAGAGAAGGUCACAGGUUCAUCCGCUCCGAGGAAGAUGACAUGGACAGCUCAUGGGAACAAAGGCUGGUCAAACGUUACUAUGACAAGCUUUUUAAAGAAUACUGCAUUGCUGAUAUGUCACAAUACAAGAAGGGAAAGGUUGGUUUAAGAUGGAGGACAGAAAAGGAGGUUUUAUCUGGGAAAGGGCAGUUCAUCUGUGGCAAUAAACAUUGCGAUGUGAAGGACAGCUUAGCAAGUUAUGAGGUUAACUUCUCAUAUGUUGAAACUGGAGAAAAUAAACAGGCUCUCGUGAAACUGGUUGCUUGCGAGAGAUGUGCAGAGAAGCUUGUAUACAGAAAGCGCAAAGAAAAAGAGCUCUUAGAACAAAUUAAGAGUCGCAAGAAGAAGAGGAGACCAAGUGAAAGUGGUAGUGAUACUGAUGAUGAGCAUGAGAAUACCAAGCACCACAAGGAUAAAGGGCAACUAGGUGAAGAGAGACACAGAAAGAAGAGGGGAAGAACUGAAAGUGAUAGUGAGACGGAUGAUGAGUAUGACAGGAGCCACAGGAAAAGCAGAAAAGGGAAGAAGUCCACAACUUCAACCGCUGACGAAAAGGUUGAUGAUCAGGAGAACUUCAACGAGUAUCUCGAGGGCAUGUUUCCAUGAUCAUCUCAGCUGGGUGAAAUAUUUCCUCUCUAAUGCAUCAAUAUGGUUGUGGCCAACUCUUUCCUAUAAUGGGUACCACCCAUUUUCCUCCAUGUAUAACCAAACGUUUGCAUAGAACAUUUGGUUCUUUCCCUGUCCAUAAGAAUAUUUUUUUCCAGCUCUGAUUUUAGACAAUGAUAUCAUAAGUAUAGUUCAACUGCUUUCCUUUUGAACA